GUUACUAUGGAUACAGUAGCGUCGCAAUCAGUGGGGGAAGCUAACAGUUUCUUCACCUACGGUACAAAAUGCUGCGGUGUAAAUCAGCUUUUACUUUGUUUAUAAGGACGCUACGGUGAUAAAUGACAGAUCAUGGAGGAUGACGAACUGAAUGACUUGCGGCUCCAGUACCAGGCGCUACAAAAACAGCAGGAGAAAAGAAAACUGGCCAGGAAAAAGGAGAAAGAACCUAAUGUCAGUGUUACUGAGGAUGAUCUGGAUCUGUCUAAGCAAGGUAUUCAGGCGGACGAUGUCAAACACAGACUGUUACAGAAUGAGAAUCAAAAUCAGAAUUUGCUGGACCAGCUGAGGGAGCUCAAGGAUGAAAACGGUCGGCUCUUCAAACUUCUCAGCGAGAAGGAUUUUGAAAUUAAACACCUGAAGAAGAAAAGAGAAGAAGAACGUCUGGCUUUAGCAGGCACAUCGGGCUUGGCAGGGGAUAUCGCGGCCACCAAGAUUGUUGAGCUGUCCAAGAAGAAUAGAGAGCUUACUGCUGAAAUUGAGCAAGAAAAGAUUAAAACCAAGCAAAACAGCAACAGAGUCAAAGAGCUUGAGAAAGAGCUGCAGGCGGCUUUGGUGCACUCUCCACCUGGGCAGAGGGUUGAUACAAAGGCGCAGGAUAAGAGGUCAUCUGAGGGCUGUGAGCAGGAAAAUCCAGUGGUGAAAUCUCUGCAGGAAAAAUUAGCUGCUUCCCAGCUGAAAGUGACUGAGUAUCGCAACCAGGUUCAAUCUGUCAAACAGGAGUUAAAAGUAGCUCAGAAGGUUUUAAUCAAUGAGGUUGGAGAGGAGGUGAACUUUCAGCAAUUACUAAGCUGCCCUGGGAGCUUUCGAGGUCGCUCUCAGCAGAUACUGGCUCUUCAGACAAGGGUGCGGGACCUUGAGCAGCAGCUGAACCAGUCAACUCAACAAAGACAGUCAUGUGUCCCGAGUGCAGAGGAAGAGUUUCUGGGCAUGGGGGUCCUUCAAAAAACCCCUCCUCAAGACAGGAACCUCACCUACAUCCGGACCAUCGAGAGGGAGAAGAGGGAGGCAUUUGAGAGGAUCUCAGCAGACUAUGAGGCCCUCCUGAAAGACCACGAGGAUGUAAGGAAAAAGCUGGAUGCCUCUAAAGCCAGGAACAAGUCUCUGUCUGCUGAAAUGAAAUCUCUGAAAGCCCAGAUCUCUACUCUCCUGGAGAAGGGUAAACAUGAUGAUGAGCUUGUGGAUGCCCUGCUGAAGCAGCAGACUCAGAUGCAGGAGGUGCUGAGACGACUCAGCCAACAGCAGAACGUGCAGAACAAGGAGACCUGGCGUAGCCCGAGACAACAGCUGAGCAGCGAGCCCUCAGAGUACAACGCUCUUAUCCAGAAACUGAAGCAGAUGGUUGAGGAGAGAGAGGUCAGGAUCAAAGAACUAGAGGAGGAAAUCCAACAGCUCUCUGUCAAGGAAGAGGGCAUGGAAAGAGAGUCCAGCUUCAAGACAGCCGUUUGCAGUUCAGGAUUUCCUCCUGAAGAGGGAGGCAUUAACAAGAGAAUAACAUCCUCAGGUUCAGUCUCUAAAUUCGGUCAUAAACUGGUGCUGCCUGCUGUGGGAAGUAGUGCAGAAUUCAAAAGUCCGAGUUCUUCAAGAUGUCCACAAUGUUCAGCUGAUGUGAGCGCGCUGAUGACCCAGUGUGAUGAAUAUAAAAACAUCUGUGUGGAGAAGGACCAACUCCUUGAGCUGGUUAACAUCCUACAGACAAAAGAGAAAGAGUUGAACCAGAGGUUUUUGGAGGCGGAACAGAAGUACCAGGAGGAGCGCCGCAGGACAGUGAUCCUGGAGCAGCAGCUGGAGAGGACAAAAUUAGAUUCCAAGUAACGACUGUCCAGACAGCAAGGGUAGAACUGGUAUGCCAAGGAGCUGUGUCCCUCAGCCCCAGGGUGGCAGGACUCAGUGAGGAACAGGAACUGAAUAGCAAACUGAACACUCUCCACCAAAUCGCUGGCAUUUGGAAAUGUUUUAUUCUAACUUUGACGCUACUGUGGAUGUCUUGCACUGAUGAUGAUUUUUAUUUUUCCAAUGAUAAGAUUUAAACUAGAUAACAGAGAUAAUAAUGCAUGGCAGUGGACAUGCUGGCUGCACAGAGAUGUUCAUGUUGCUCGUGUAUGUCGUCUCCUGACUGUUCAUUUAGCUGGAGGAAACAGAGGCACUGAGGGCAUCGCUAAAGAGCACUCUCCACCGUGACCUGCAACUCUGCAGUGACGAGAUGAGACAAGCCAAGCAUGUUUUCCUGCAGGCUCUGUGACAGCCCAGACUAGACACUAACCAGGGGAACUGGCUGGUCCCUGCUCAACCUCACGUCCAGCUGAGCCCUACCUUCUCCUGUCACACAUGACAAACAGCAGCCUGCAGGAAACAGGCUCUCCUCUUCUGUCACACAAACGUCAUACGGAUCUCCAUUUGAAUCAUCAAAAGACAGUUUAUGUUGGUUGCUUCGUGCGUUUGGUGGCCUCAGUUUAAGCGCUCGAGUAUCUUGAGUAGCGGGGCUUUUAGCUUAACCCUGAUGGCAUCAGACAUGUUCCUACUGUUUACUGAAAUGCUUGAUGCUGAUUUUGUCUGCUCGCUGUUUUAUAAAUGUCACUGUCACAUUUUAUUAAAUCUAUCCUCUGCUGUUAA